CGGGUCUGGUCUAAUAUGGAGCGGUCCAUAUAACUCCAGGUAUUACCAUUCAGAAGUCAUACGAGCGGCCAGAACAACUCCAUCACCUUCCUUCUUCUCUUCUGUAAUCGCCGUGUUUUCAGUGACAACCGAAGGCGAUUUCAAGAACUCUUUCGGACGGAGUUAUCUUCAAAGCGGACAAGUAGAGUGUGAAGUUCUUCGACGUCAAUAUCUUUGAUCGUACUGAGAAUCGGAAAUUGAUUCAAACUCUGGACGAAGACCCUCCCAGGCGUGAUUGGUGAAGUCUUCGUUGUCCACCGGUCGUCCGGCCAUGGAGAGUUCAUCUCCGAGAGUCCCAAUGUGGUGAAGAUAAUCUCCUACAGACUGAGACCCUUGCUGAGCAUGACGGAAUUGGUCUUUUAAGCUCCGACCUUUGGUAGCUGAAAGGGUCCCAUAGAGACGAUCCAGCAUUUCCAGACAGAGGCGGACGUUCGUGCAGAACCAAUUAAAGGCUCGCAAGCUGGACUGAGAGAAGAAACUAGGGCAUGAUGGAGCAGACGAUCCUGUCUGUUCCAUAGGAGAUGGCGAGCUGCGUCGCUUUCUGGAGGAGGAGACACAUUUUCAUCGAUGUAGCAGUCCAGUUGGGAACAAAUAGGAGGUCCAUCACCUGAUCUCUUCAUACCAGUUCGGAAUUAUGGAAGUGCUUUCUACAUAUUGCCCACAAGAGGAGGCAAAAACAAGUCUUUUGCAUGUUGAAGAACAAAAUCAUCUGAAUUUUCUAGAACAAGACCAAACUGCAGAUUUUGAUGAUAUGAAAAGACAAGAUGGAGUACAAUGGACCAUUGAGGAUAUGCCAACUUCUGAAACACAUUUUUCUGGGGAAGCAUGUAAUGAAAAUGAAGAGGGUGGUACAAAGUUGUCCGCUGAUUCCCAUGAGUCUCAGGAUGAAAACAUCGAAAUCUCUCAACCGUUUGUUAAUGAAACUGAAAGUGAGCAAGUUAAUGAGAACCAGGAGGGAGAAACCUUUCCAUGUGAAACCCCCUUGCUAGAAAGAGAUGAAGCUCUAGCAGUAUGGGUAAAGUGGAGGGGUAAGUGGCAAGCAGGAAUAAAAUGUGCCAGAGCUGACUGGCCAUUGUCAACUAUGAGAGCAAAACCAACCCACGACAGGAAAAAGUAUCUUGUGAUUUUCUUUCCUCGUACUCGCAACUUCUCAUGGGCUGAUGUGCUUCUGGUUUGCCCAAUUAAUCACUUUCCACAGCCCAUUGCAUAUAAGACACAUAACAUUGGGGUUGAGAUGGUCAAAGAUCUCACUCUUCCUCAUCGUUUCGUCAUGCAAAAGAUCGCUGUUGGCAUUCUGAAUAUCUUUGAUCAAUUACACAGAGAGGUUCUUGUGGAAACCUCUCGCUAUAUAGUAGUCUGGAAGGAAUUCACAUUGGAGGCUUCCAAGUGUAAAGACUAUCCUGAUAUUGGAAGGAUGCUUUUGAAAAUUCAAGAGAUCAUACUUCCUCAAUACAAAAGUCCGCUGUGGCGGGAAAACUUGCUUCAGUCUUGGGUUCAGCGAUGUCAGAAUGCAAACAGCGCAGAAGCUGCUGAAAUGCUCAAGGAGGAAAUGGUUGAUUCCAUUCUUUGGAAUGACAUAAGUUCACUCCCAAGUGAUCUUGCACAAGUUGAACUCAGCCUUGAAUGGAAGAACUGCAAACAAGAGGCUAUGAAAUGGUUUUCAGUAUCAAAUCCUUUAUCAACAACCUGCGGAGACCCCCAAAAACUGACAACAGAUGGAAGCAGCCCACUGGAGGACGUGGGUCUUCAGCACUGCAAGAAAAGGGCCAAACUUGAAGUCAGGCGGCCCGAUACACAUCCCUUUCAGCCGGUGGGCCAUGAAGUAUCUCCAAUCGUUACUGGUUCUGGUAUCUUUGGUGGCUCUGAUGUUCCUGUGGAUAACGCCUUGCUAAAUUCUGAGCAUACUAAAGCUGAGAGUAAUGGAUGGGGUGAUGUUAUUGUUGAAGCAGCAAAUUCUGAAGUGACACCUAUCACUAAGAAUCGCCAAUGCAUAGCCUUCAUUGAGGCAAAGGGGAGGCAAUGUGUGAGAUGGGCAAAUGAUGGUGAUGUCUAUUGUUGUGUUCAUUUGGUUUCCCGUUUUUCAAGCACCACCUCUUCAAAGACCGAGUCAACAACACCUCUUGAGGUGGGAGCGUGCGAAGGCACGACCGUUCUUGGAACUAAUUGCAAGCAUCGUUCCCUCCCGGGUUCCUCUUUUUGCAAGAAGCAUCGGCCCAAGGUUGGUGAUAUUACAAAAGUGCCCUUUCUCUCCCCCGCGACCCAACCUAAGAAGAGAAAACAUGAAGAAGUCCUCGACGUGGACCCCAUCUCAGUCAUAGGUGGAAACAACAGCUUGGUCCCAAUGUCAGACUAUCAUCAGCAUAAAGAGUAUAGCAACGACGCAGAUGAGCCACUGAUGUGUGUAGGAUUGUGGGCCCAAGAUGGCGGCGGAGAGACUUGUUCGGAAACUGCGAAGCGGCAUUCACUGUACUGUGAGAAGCACCUGCCAAGCUGGCUUAAGCGUGCAAGGGACGGUAAGAGUAGGAUAAUCUCAAAGGAAGUAUUUGUUCAGCUUCUCAGGAGUUGUGGCCAGUCGAGAGAACAAAAGCUGCAUUUGCAUCAAGCGUGUGAGCUGUUCUACCGGCUAUUCAAAACCCUUCUUUCCAGGAGAAAUUCUGUCCCGAAAGAAGCCCAGUUUCAGUGGGCCAUUGCAGAAGCUUCUAAAGACGUGUGGAUCAGGGAGUUCAUACUGAAAUUGGUUUUUGGCGAGAAAGAGAGGCUCAAAAGGCAUUGGGGAUUCAGCUUUAAUGAAUCAGGAGCAGCUACCAAUCAUGGGGAUGAUGAUGAUGAGAAUGUUAUUAGCUGCAAAAUUUGCUCCGACACAUUUAUGGAUGACCAAGAACUUGGGAGGCAUUGGAUUGAUAAGCAUAACAAGGAGGCUGAAUGGAUGUUCAGGGGUUACGUUUGUGCAAUAUGCCUUGAUUCUUUCACUGACAAGAAGGUUCUCGAAUCUCAUGUGCAGGAGAGGCACCACGUGGAGUUUGUGGAACAGUGUGUGCUUUUUCAAUGCAUAUCCUGUAGCAGCCAUUUUGGUAACCAAGAUCAGCUAUGGUCUCAUGUUCUUUCUGUUCAUCCAUCCAACUUCCGGCUAUCAAAUCCUCCUCCUCCUCAUCUUCAACCUCAACCUGGUAGUCUUUCUGGUAGUGAAGAUUUCUUGCCUAAUGUAGAAAGCAUAAACUCUGAGGAUAAAAAAUUCAUAUGCAAGUUUUGUGGGAUGAAGUUUGAUUUGCUUCCCGAUCUUGGCCGGCAUCAUCAAGCCGCUCAUAUGGGUCCUAGUCUUGUCAGUUCUCGUCUCUCAAAGAGAGGCAUCCGUUUUUAUGCUUAUAAACUGAAAUCAGGGCGGCUCACCCGCCCGAAAUUCAAGAAAAGUCUGGCUUCCGUAGCUUCAUACCGGAUCAGGAGCAGAAGUGCACAGAACAUCAAAAAACGUAUCCAGUCAGCAAUUUCAGUUGGUGCUGGGGCCUGUUUUAGCAGACCCCCCGAGGCCUCUUCCAGUGUUGACAGCUUGGAUCAUGAACAAUGCUUAACUAUUGCAAAGAUGUUGUUUACUCAGAUGAAGAAGACGAAGCCACGCCCUAAUAACUCAGAUAUUUUAUCGCUAGCUCGGUCAGUUUGCUGCAAAGUAAGACUUAAAGAUUCAUUGGAGGCAAGCUAUGGAGUCUUGAUGCCAGAACGCAUAUACUUGAAGGCAGCCAAACUCUGCAGUGAGCAAAAUGUCUUAGUAAGUUGGCAUUUGGAUGGAUUUAUUUGCCCAAACGGAUGUGAGCUGUUGAAUGAUCAUCCACAUUGUAUUCCACCUUUGGUUCCUCUACUCAGUAGGCCUAGAUUUGCAACACACAAUGCUGCUAAUGUAAGUGAGUGGAGAUCGGACGAGUCUCACUUUGUUAUUGAUUGCCAACAGAUAAGGCACGAGCCAUCUGAUAGGACAAUAAUCUUGUGUGAUGACAUUAGUUUUGGGCGGGAAUCGGUUCCCAUAACAUGUGUGGUUGAAGACAUCUUUCUCGGGUCCCUCCACAUCCCUCCGGAUGAUUCUGAUGGCCAGAUAGCACUACCUUGGGAGAGCUUUAGUUACGUGACUAUGCCAAUUAUAGAUCAAUCAAUGCAACUUGAUAUCUAUAGUUCACAGUUAGGGUGCUCUUGUCCUAAUUUGACAUGCUCUUCUCAAACCUGUGAUCAUGUGUACCUUUUUGAGAAUGACUAUGAAGAUGCAAGAGACAUUCAUGGCCAGCCAAUGUGUGGUAGGUUCCCAUACGAUGACAGAGGGAGAAUCAUUUUAGAGGAGGGAUAUGUAGUCUAUGAGUGCAACCAGCGGUGUAGCUGUGGUAAAUCUUGUCAAAACAGAGUGUUGCAGAAUGGCGUCCAAGUGAAGCUUGAGAUAUUCAAAACUGAGACAAAGGGGUGGGCUGUCAGGGCCAGAGAAGCAAUCAUUCGUGGUACUUUUGUGUGCGAGUUCAUCGGUGAGGUAAUUGAUGAAGAGGAGGCUAAUAGGAGGCGCUGUAGGUAUGGGAAAGAAGGUUGUGCAUAUUUUUUGGAUAUUGAUGCACAAAUAAAUGAUAUGAGCAGACUGGUUGAGGGGCAAUCUUCGUAUGUGAUUGAUGCCACAAAUUAUGGUAACAUUUCUCGUUAUAUUAAUCAUAGCUGCUCACCAAAUAUGGCAAAUCACCAAGUGGUUGUGGAGAGCAUGGAUUAUCAACUUGCGCAUAUUGGUCUUUAUGCCAAUAGAGAUAUACUUGCAGGCGAAGAACUGACGAUUGAUUAUCACUACAAACCGUUGCCUGCAGAAGAAGGGAUUCCAUGCCUUUGUGGAUCUUCCCAUUGCAGAGGUCGACUUUACUAAGCCCCUGCUUUGUCACAAUUAGUAAGCAGUUUAACUUAGUAGUUGUACAUAUACCUAUCAACCAGAAGAAAUGAAGUGCUUUUUCGACUAGGUUAGAUUUCUGAAGCAUCUCAAUUCUGAAAUAUUGGACCCCGUUUUUCUGUAUAACAUUAGAGCUUCUUUAUUAAUGGAUGAGUUGUAGUGAAAUUUUACCCAGCCGAAGUGUAAAUUUUCCGAUUUUAAUCAGUGUCGUCAAGUUUCAAACCCCAUUGACCAAGUUAACAAUGGUUGCAGUUACAUCAGGCCCAAACAUUUAUAACAAUCUUCGGAGGCAUCAUAAAAUUGAAUCAUUU